GUAGCUUCUUUGGGCAUUAAACUUAAUUAAAUUUGUAAAAAUGUAUUUAUUUUUGCGUACAUCGGGGAUCCGUUUGGCCGGUGGGCUUUUAGAGCGUCGUUCUUUUCGAACUGCUGAGGACUGCUUGAGCCUUCUAUCUAAUGGCUCCAACGUUGAAACCCAGGAGCUCUAUGAUGCGUUUAAAUUUUUGGCUACUAACCACAAUGAGCGUCUGUCUGCUGUGAAGGACUCUCGUUUUGUUGAUUUAAUUUCCGAGGUUGAGAAUCGUUUGCCUAGCCUGAACUCAUCAUAUAUGGGCAACUUUGCUUUGCGUAUUGCUACGGUUUCUCAGUCUGCUGGUGGUUCUGCUACUACACAUGGCGAGCUUUGUCGUGGUCUUGUGUCUAAAAUCGCUACUGCUAUAAUUGAUAAGGGUGCCAGAGCUCGUGAGCUUGCUCAGGUGGCUUAUGCCACAUCGGCUAUUGGUAUUGAUUCUGAUGCCAUAUUUGAGCUAUCUAAGCAGACUAUAACUACUGAUAUAGAUUCAGUAACACCAGAUGCUUUGAACUUCUCGCUUCAGGCUGCCUAUAAGCGUAACUCUCGUGAUAAGAUAUACUACGCUCUGCUUUGUGAGAAGUUAUGUGAGCUCACUGAGCGGUUUACCGCCAAUGAUGUGAUAAACACUCUUCGUGCUUUGGCAAAGACUGGGCUUUUGAAGGGCUUUUUGCUGCGUCGAUUAUCCACCUUAGUUAUGGACAACUUGGACCAGUUCACUCAUGAACAGUUGUGUGAUGCAUCUUAUCGUCUAGGUCAGAUGAAAUUUAUGACCCCGACUAACUUUGGUCGUAUAUACGCCACAGUUGAAUCGUCUCUUGGCAAUUUGAACGACCGUACGCGUGUUCAUUUACUUGCUGCUGGUUGUUAUUCUGAGUAUGAUAAAAGGGAGGAUCUGGAGUCCCUUUUGGGUACCUUAAAGUACAAGGAGCGUUGGGAGCUAUCCGCGUGCAUCGAUUACGUUUUUUCGUGUGCCUACCUUCGUCUUUAUAAUGAUGAGCUGCCUCGCGUUAUUGAAGGGAUAUUCAAGUAUACUCCAACUGUAUCACGGAAAUACGGUUUAAUUUUGAAGGAGUCUCUUGAUGCUUUUGCUGUUGAAUCUGCGCCUGUGGAGUACAGCAUACCGCCCAGAUGGAAGGACCUAUUGGAUCACUGUGAAAAAACUGAGAGUGAACUGAACAAACACACUCCUGGAUACCAGGAAAUCCAUAAGAUUUUACAGGGUUCAUCUUCUAAUUUCGCUGAAUCUAAGAAGGUGGACCCCUUUAUGGUACCCUUUGUGGAUGAGGAGCGCAAGCUUGUUAUAUUGAUUGAAUAUGCUAGCAACAUGAGCAACUUGGUGGUUAAGAAGCGUUGUCUGGAGACCUUGGGUCACAAGGUGGGAAUAGUGAAGUAUUGGGACUGGCGCCGUCUUAAAACUGAGUCGUCACAAGCGGAUUACAUAUCACGUUUGCUGACUACAUUAUCGCGAUGAG